AUGUCCAAGGGGCAAGCGAAACCUGCGGGGAAAAGUUGGGAGGGCAGGGUGGUCGAUGCAGACAAGAAGUUGAAUUGGACUUUGCCUUCACCAUUCAAGACUUACGGGUUUGGGCAAUACGACAUUGCGUGGGGGGCCCCCCCACUGUCGCGUCCCGAAUUCGUGCUUCUUGCGUUGUCUUGGACGCUUCGCAGCAAGCCAGAGUGGCAACGCAAAGCUGCCGACCCUGAGAUUCGAGCCAAGUGGCGCGCCGAAAUGCUGGAGCAGGCGGCGAAGGGCCAAACGUCUGAUGAGAUUGAAGACGCUGACUUCGUGGAUGAAAAAAUGGUCGACUACGUGCUAGCAGAGCUCGACGGCUAUGCCAAAAUUGCAGAUGAGAAGACUGGCAUUGAGCGUGGCUGCUUUGAAGGCAUUUGGUACUCGGAUCGGUUGUUCUCGGAUGACCUUUUGGCGCGCCUGAAAAGCUGUGUUCGUUUGCUCGAAGACGUUCCGGACGAUGAGAAGGACUGGCACCCAAACUCGAACAAACAAGUGUUGGAUCUCGUGCAUCCUUCGCUGUACUGCGUUGUCUACGGUCGUACCCAUGCCUACCUCCCAGACGAGCCACGCACACCGGAGAACUUUCUCCCCGUCCGCCCGCCAACUAUCAAGGCGUACGAUUCCAAUUGGAUCUCGGAAGACUUCAGCUGGCUACCCUCCGACUUCGCGGUUGACGAGGCUGGGGCGGUCAAGCUGCUUUCGCCGUAUAUCAACAACUUGCAGCCAAAACAACAUCAGGCGCUUUAUCGCGUGAUUGAGGAUGCUAUUGCUGGAUUCGUGCCCAUGUGGGAGCGCGUUAUGGGAGACAUCAACCGCGCGGAGGGCAAACGUGUCGCAUGGGACGAGACGGGGCGACUGGAGCCAAUUGGGUGUAUCUGGGGAGGCGACGGGGAGCCCUACCCGGAAGAUGACUGCCCAAGCGAUGUUGAGGAUGAAGACGCGUGGCUUCAGGAGUGGCGGGACAAACAACCGAAGACUCUACCGCAAGCAUUGGAAUAUAAUGGACAGCUGGAGGAACGCUUCAAGCCGGUUUCUUUGCGUGGACGCACGAUCCAAUGUAUUAUCAAGCUGGCCAAUAUUCAUCUCACUCCGGAGAGCCCUGAGUAUUCUGGCGGUAGUUGGCACGUUGAAGGGAUGACCAACGAAUCGAUAGUGGCCUCUGGCAUCUAUGCACGUUACUACGACGAGCAAAACAUCACCGAGUCGCACCUACAGUUCCGUGUUGCGACAGAUGAGCCAGAAUAUCAUGGUCAAGACGAUGGCGACUGCAUGAGAACGUUGUAUGGCAUGGACCGAGAACAAGAAUGUGUUCAAGAUCUUGGUGCAAUGGCCACCAAGGCUGGACGCGCCCUCGCCUGGCCAAAUAUCUUCCAACACUGCGUCUCGGCAUUCAAGUUGGCAGACCCAACAAAACAUGGCCAUCGCAAAAUCCUUGCCAUCUUCCUCGUGGACCCCACCAUCGACCCUAUCGUUUCUGCAAGUGAUGUUCCGCCCCAACAAGCAGAAUGGGCAGCAGAAGCGCUGGAGGAUGCCUACAACGAUGCGAAACCGGGAUCUCCAACGUCCACGACGUCGUCCAAGACAACACUCGCCCACAUGCCCCGCGAACUUCGAGACCUUGUCAAGAAGCAGUUCCCGGAGAGCGUCAUGACGAUGAAAGAGGCGGAGGCAUUCCGGUUGCUGCUCAUGAAGGAACGGACUGCGUUCGUUUCAAAUCAUACUGAACAGGCCUUUGCGCAUCAAUUCAACAUGUGCGAACACUAG